AAAAGUGACAGACGUGACAAAAGUACGACGAAAAUUAAAAGUAAGGGCUAUUUUCUUCCAUUCUUAUAGGUUAGAGUUAAAACCGUUAUAUUACAAGAUGAAGAGCUAAAACCGUCCAACUUGGUAAGGGGCUAUUUUUAGGCUUUUGCCCCAGAUCUGAUGGGAGGGAUCUCACCCACGAGACCAGGCUCCCAUCGUCCUCUUCACCACCAUUCCCAGAAAACUCCUCUAUUCAAAGAUUUACCUAAACAGAAGCAGACACAGCAAAUAAGCCCUCCGUCAACCUCCGGAUACAAAAACCGAGCCCCCUUUCAACAGAAAAUUUUUCCUCCCUCUAUUUAUACCCAAACACAGCAACCCUAAAAACCCUAAUAAGAACAUUCCAGAAAUCAACUCCCUGGGCCUUUUAGAUCCACGGUUUUGGGCUCUUCAGAUCUGUUUCUCCUUUACCCGAAUCUGCAAGGCAUUUGGGCCUCUCCGAUGUUGAUCCCUUUUACAAAAUCUGGGAAAUGCACUUGGGCCUUCAUCCACGCCCAAUUCACCCUGUCGCCACCUUGUAGCUAGCAUAAAUUUGAUUUGCAGAUCUGUUUCAGUUGGAUGACGAUUGAUAUUUCGCCAAGUCGCCGGGGCUUCGCAUGCAUCUCACCUCCAUCGCUGGUUGGUAGAUCUGGCUUUCCUUUCUCUGGUUCUAAUGCUCACUCGCCGGGAUGGUGGGUGCUGGGCCAUGGGAAUGAUUGGGAAGGUGAGUGUGGGUGAUGGCUACUCGAUUGAUUGCAACCAGGGACUUUGAUGUGGAAGGGGUUUAAAAUGAUGGGAAUUGAAGGCUUGGAACCGAAGAAGGGGAAGAGGAUCACCGGCUUCUUUUUUUGAGAAAUGGCUGUCGGUUGGUCUGCAACAGGAAGAGGAAGGUGAAAUCGAUGGCUGAGGAUAAAGAUUCAUGUAUUUGGGAGCCAUGGGAGAGAUGAUGGUAACCGAAAAACUCGCCAGCGUCGACGGAUCUGGAGAAAACUAAGCCUGCAUGGAGGAUGAUCCAGGAGAUGAGGGAGAGAAAGAGAAAGCUGAAGGUGCAUGAGGGGAAGAAGAUCGAAGUGGCUUUGGCAUGGAAAGAAGCUCAGCGGCCGGUGACUUUGGCUAAGGGUGGCUGCCGGCUGGUUUUGGGGAGAAGGCCGGUUCGAGAAAGAGGAAGAUGGCAUUUGACUGAAAAU